AUGUCAGAUGAACAAUGCAAUGCGGAUGAUUACACAGUGGGUUGGGUGUGCGCACUUCCGUUGGAGAUGGCCGCCGCCAAGGGAAUGCUCGACGAGACCCACCCAAACCUAUCCGAGCAGGCGCCGGCUGACCAUAACAUCUAUCUCCUUGGCCGGGUUCAGGGACACAACGUUGUCAUCGCCUGCCUGCCCGCCGGGGUUUUCGGAACGACGCCUGCGGCCACAGUCGCUAAAGACAUGCUGCGUACCUUCAAGUCGCUCCGCUUCGGCUUGAUGGUGGGAAUCGGUGGUGGUGCUCCAUCGUCACGCCAUGACAUUCGGCUGGGCGACAUCGUCGUCAGCCAGCCGUCUGGGACGACUGGAGGUGUGGUGCAGUACGACCGAGGGAUGGAUGGGCGGGAAGGCCACUUUGAACGGACUGGAUCGCUCAACACGCCGCCUAAGAUCUUGUUGAACGCCUUGGGUCGUCUCCAGGCCGACCAUCUUACAGUAGACAGCCGCGUCCCCGAGUUCCUGUCCGAGAGCCUCCAGAAAUAUCCGAAAAUGAAAAAGGCAUUCAGUUUCCAAGGCGAGUCGAACGACUGUCUGUUCCAGGCAGAAUACGAGCAUGCCAGCGAUGAUUCUGGGUGCGAACAAUGCGAUGGUACGAGGGCCGUUCAACGGGACGCCAGGGAUGACACCGAUACGGUGGUCCACUACGGCACCAUCGCCUCAGGCAACCUAGUGAUCAAAAAUGCAAGCACACGAGACCGGCUGAGUAGGGAUUUCGGGGUUCUUUGCUUCGAGAUGGAGGCGGCCGGGCUGAUGCAGGACUUCCCGUGUCUCGUAAUCCGCGGCAUCUGCGACUAUGCCGAUACGCACAAGAACAAGGCGUGGCAGGGUUAUGCAGCGGCGGCGGCGGCAGCGUUCGCAAAGGAGCUCCUUUCGGUCAUCCCCCCCGAACGUGUUCUCCUAGAGAGGGCCAUCCCUCAGCUAGUCUCAGACCCCGUGCUCCAAGUCCUUGUGAAUAACACGAACGAGGCCAUUUCUCAGCAUACGCGCAAACAAGAUGUCCGAUAUGAGAAUAAGAAGCAGGUCAAGUGCCACCGCACUUUCAAAACCUCCAAGUACGAAGACUUCAAGAACAUCAACCCUGAUCGGGCUCUAGGCACGUGCAAAUGGGUAUUAGAGCAUCCAAAGUACGUGCAGUGGCAACACAAUGCCUGCGACGACCUCCUCUGGAUCUCCGCCGACCCUGGUUGCGGCAAAUCCGUACUGGCGAGGUCUCUUAUUGACAACGAGCUUCGGAGCACAAGCGAUCACACGGUGUGUCACUUCUUCUUCAAAGACAACGAGGAACAAGACAGCCUCGCAACGGCUCUGUGCGCUAUCCUUCACCAACUCUUUAGUAGCCAGCCACAGCUCCUGCGGCACGCGGCCAGUGCCUUCGAGAAGAAUGGAGCGAAGCUACAGAAUGAGGUGGACGAACUGUGGCGCAUCCUGUUAAUGGCCGCUACGGAUGAGUCUGCGAAUGCUGUGACUUGCGUUCUGGACGCGUUGGACGAAUGCUACGAAGACGGUCGACUAAAGCUCAUUCGGCUGGUGACGGACUUUCAUAUCAGCCGCUCCCCAUUAUCAGGAAGGACGUCACAAUUAAGAUUCCUUAUUACGAGUCGCGUAUACUAUAAUAUUAAGUUCGGUUUUAGUUAUAUUCCCCGGGACCUGCCUUCGAUUCGGCUAGCUAGCGAGGAGAAUAACGCUAAUAUUAGCGAAGAGAUUAAUCUAGUUAUCCGAUAG